AUGAGUCAUAUGAAAUUGUUUGUUUUGUGUUUAUAAAUAUAAAUUCAAACUAAAUAGCUCAAAAACGCAAUUUUCCUUUGAGAAAUACCUCUAAAGUUUUUUGAAACAUGUCCGGAUCUGAAAACCAGGACGGCGAUCCAGAGAACCAGGACAGCGAUCAAGACGACCUGAGUUUGAUAAUGGAAUUUGAGAAUGGGCACAUUAGCGACUCCAAUUCUGGGGCUGAACGAGAGGAUAGUUCUGAAGAACAAGAAGACUUACCACUAGUUAACAUGUCAACAGGUGAAUACGACAGAGAUAUACCAACAACUCAUGGGUACCUAGGAAGGCUAAAUCCAGUGAGCGGCUACACUCUCUUCGAAGACGGGGACGUUUUGAAAGAUAUUUUCGCCAUCUACACCAGCACCCUGGUCUUUCCUGGAUUCACUCUACCGUUGUUAAUGAACGACACUUUUGAGAAUCGAGCGUUGGAUAAUUUUCUACAGGAACAUCACAAAGUGUUUGUCUUGAUUUGUCCCAAUUCACUGUAUAGCGGUUUGUACGAAUACGGAGUCACAAUGGAAAUAUUCGAAACCAAUUUACGGAACGAUAUGUUGCACAUCAAAGCAAGAGGCAGACAGAGAUGCAAAAGGGUGACUGGAUCCAGAACAGAAAACCUUGCAGGUAGGAUCAAACUAAUUACAGUGAAAAUUUUGGCGGAACCACCCAUUGUCUCUCCGUUGGAAGAUACUCAGCUUCUGGCCCUUAAAAGUAAAAGAAAAUGGACUUUGCACAACUUUGACGAGCUCAAGCAAUGCAAAUCAUAUAGAAGAUACCACGCAGCACAAUUUCCAUUACCAAGUUGGGUGUAUGACAUAAAUGAAGUUAGCUAUUACACAAAAAUAUUACUAGAAGGACUUAGUGCAUACGGAAAAGAGCUAGUGCCAGAAGAUCCAGAAAAACUUUCCUAUUGGUUCGUGCAAAAUUUCCAUUUGAGCCACAGAGAGCGACUGGAAAUUCUAGGCCUCAGAAGCACUUUGGAAAGACUAAAGCUAGAAGUUGCUUACUUCAAAUUGGGACGACUAAUUUGUUGUGAAAAUUGUGGCAUCCAAAUCACAGACCCCACCAAAGUAUUUGCCAUGUCCAAAGACGGAAUGCAAAGUAAUUUUGUUAAUCCAGGAGGACAUGUCUAUGAAACUAUUACAGUAAAUUCAGCCAUAAACUUUAAACUACUUGGCACUAUGUCCAGGGUAUUUUCAUGGUUUCGUGGUUAUGCAUGGACAAUAAUGCAAUGUUCCAACUGUGGAAAUCAUGUCGGUUGGAAGUUUACCAGCACCAACCCGAGACUCUCUCCAAAGGAGUUUUACGGACUGGCCAAUUCUGGAAUCAAAAUAAUUUCUCAGAAACCUGUAGCAGAUCCACAGAAAAUCAUCUAGAGGUAUUUUUUGGUUUAUAAAUUUAGUGCAAAAAUUUUAUUUACUCCGAUUAAGUUGUGUAUGUAUGGUACUAUGUACUAAGGGUAGGCAUAAUUUAGUUAUUUAGUUUUUUCUUUUGAGUUAUAAUAUAUUGCUGUUUUCUUUUUUCACAUUGAAAUUGGUUUAUUAUUCAGUAGUGCGUUUGUACUGAGUGGAAAUUGCUGACAACUAUGCUGGCUUUUAGCUUUAUUAGGCUGUCAAUUUUAAUGGUUUAUUUGCAGAGUUGGUAAAUUACUUUCAAAUAAACAUAUUUGAUUUAUGUGUUGGCAAUAAUUGCAAAAUCUUGCUCUGAAACUAGUUUCAAUAAUAAGUCCUAUCCCUAGUUUCUAUUUGCCUGUGAUACUUGUGUGACAAAUUAUAUGAACGUA